AUGACUGAGAAGGCCACCCCGUUUAGGGGUUCUGGGAUUGCAACGGUAGGGGGUGAGGCCCCGGUGGAGCAAUGCCCGCAGGACAAAUUCUGUGUUGAAGAGGACUCUCCUCUAUGCGACUCUAUCAUGUGGAAGAUGCUAGACAACUACUAUAAACAAGUGGCAAUUGAGGCAUGGGCUCACGACUACGUGCCUUCCUUUGUGACGAGCAACAGCCGCUUGAUAACACCGGGGGCCGCCGAGAACGAGUUUGAGAGGGCGCUUGUUUCCAUCUACUCGCCGCUAGAGGAGAAGGAGCUGGAUGCUCCCGCGAUCAUGCUGCGCAUGACGCUGGGCUGGAAGUGGAGGAGUGUGGACUUGGAGGCAGCCUGCGAUCCUUCUAGUCCAGCGAAUAUCCCCUACCUGCAACGGGACCCUACAAUUAAGGAGGUCUUGCUGCGCUACCGCAAGCUGAACAAACAGCUUUCCUUUGUGCUCCCAAUUGGAGCUUUUGCUCUUUUCCGUAACUUGAGUCACAUCGGUGGAGGUCGCCUGUUCUGCUUAGUCGGCGACAAGGGCUACCCAACAGCUGAUGAGUUUGUGGGUGUGAGAGAUCCCCACAUCGCUAUUCACGGCUCCAUCUCGUUCAUGCUCAACCUUCACGCCAUAAGGACUUUCUUUGACUGCAUGGGCGGUUUCUCGCAUGCGACACCCUAUAGGGAUACAUUCCAAGUGACGGGCCUGUGGCUCUGCGGCACCGAGUUUGAAAUGGGGAGGAGCGUUACAGCUUUCCUCGAAGACGUCGAAGAUCUCGCACCCGAUGUGGGGGGCUGGGCGACUCUGUGCUCAGGCCUGUGGCUCUGCGGCACCGAGUUUGAAAUGGGGAGGAGUGUUACAGCUUUCCUCGAAGACGUCGAAGAUCUCGCACCCGACGGUCUCAUCAACUGGCAACGAGCUGCUCAAGAAACCGUUGCUGCUGGCGGAGGACCUGCCAGUAACAUCAAGUCCUUGAUUUCGCUGCUCCGGUAUUCGGGUCACGACGCAGACGUGUUUUUGAACUUUUCCAAUGAAUUCACGAGCCAGUCUGUGCAUCCUUACCUCAAUCCACGGACGGAGCAGGACUUGCUAUUGGACUUGGACGAAGCCUUUUCUAAUUGGUACAAGUUAAAGAAGGCGGAAGACGUCGCCGAUCUGUGCGGGCACAUAUGUAUGCGGCUCGGUAAAUGCGACAAAGCUCUCAAGUACCUACAGGCAAGCGCCAACUUAGACGGCGAGCGCCUACAUCCGUCCACUUGUGUCAACCUCGCAAGCUGCUACAAAGUCGAAGGCAAAUUUGAAGCUGGAAUCACGUGGUGCGAAAAGGCCUUGCAGAUCGACCCCAACUACGCUCAGGCUGCGCAAAUGCUGCGCACGCUGAACAUGUGCAAAAACCCAGUCCGAAUAGCUGUAAUUGGGUUUGGAUACUGGACCCAAUACGAGGCCCUUCCGCUGCUCCGUCGUGAUACGCGGUUGAAGAUCGUCGCAGCAUUUGCAUUUACGCAGGAAGAAGCUGCUGCGCUCAUUCAGAAAGGGGAGCUUACAGAAGCUGAGAUGUACAGCGGGUCUCAAGGGCUGACAUCGUUGUUAGAAAGAACAGACAUUCAGGCGGUGGUCGUCGACGUGCACAUGCAGCUAAUGUUGUUUUACUUCGUUGUAGAUGUCUCUACUCCCACGCAUCUUCGCUAUGGGCAAGCACGUGCUGACGCGGUCUCCCAUGCAGCUGAGCCUUGCAAACGCGUCGGCCCUCUUAGACGUCUACAGGCCGUACAGCAACUCGCUGAUCACUUGGCUCUGGACCUGCUGCGCUGCAUUGCGGCUGUGCGCCAGCUGACCGGAUUGCAGCUUAGCUCGGUUUCGGCAGCUGCAAAAGGCGACUAUGCCCCGUGUGCCACUGGUAGUUUCUCCCCUUCGGAUGAAGGAGAUAGUUUUAAACAGGAAAAGUUGAAGAACACACGGCUCCGCAGAGAAUACGCGCGCCUCACCGGAUGGCUGACUUUGAUAAAUCCUGGUGGACAGACGAGCACCCUUGGCUCCUUCGUGAUAAGUCACUGUGUGGGGGACAACUCGCUGACGUAUCAGAUCAAUUGCGUGAAAGGCUCAAACGAGGGCGCUCCAGCCCGAUUCCGGUGCCUUGCACCUCCAUCUGCCGAGUCCGUCAGCAAGACAGAGAAAAAAGCAGCUUCUUUGCGGAGCUUGUCGUCUCAGCAAUCAGCAGCGCGCGCCUAA